CAUCUGUCACACAGAGGAAGAGGCACUUUGAGAUUCUGUGCUGUUAGGGUAAAGACUUUGCUGGCGGCUUGGUGCUGAAAGGUAAACUAAGUACUGGAUUAUGGAUGGGGACCUGAGGAGCCUGCUGGCCGGAGGAAAGCAGGAGGACUUGCAGGUGGAUUACCAUUUGUCACCAGCAGUUAACUCCUCUGCACCCUAUGAUAACAUGUACUACCCUGAACUGGACACUGACUGUGAAUUUGAAAGUAUUCCAUCAUUUGCAUCUUCAUUUUUUCCAGUGCUGUACUCUAUAUUGUUUGUGGUUGGCCUCAUGGGAAACGCUUUGGUUGUUUGGGUCCUAACAGUCUUUAAGAAAAUCAGGGCCAUGACUGAUGUGUAUCUGCUGAACCUCGCCAUCUCUGACCUCGUCUUUGUCUUCUCCCUCCCUUUCCUGACUCAGUACUCCCUGGUAAGCCAGUGGACUUUCGGCAACGCCAUGUGUAAAAUUGUCAGCUCUGCUUACUUCAUUGGUUUCUACAGCAGCGCCUUCUUCAUAACCAUCAUGAGCAUUGACAGGUACUUGGCCAUUGUGCACUCUGUAUAUGCCCUGCAGGUCCGGACAACCACCCAUGGAAUCAUUGCAAGCCUGGUCCUUUGGGCAGUAGCCAUUUUAGCAUCAGUGCCAGGCCUUGUGUUCUUCCAGGAAGUGGAUGAUGAUAACAGGACACUGUGCAUCCCUCUCUACCCUGGCAGCAGUAAUGGCUGGAAGGUCUUCAGUAAUUCUGAAGUCAACAUCAUGGGGUGGCUGUUCCCUGUGAGCAUCCUCACUUUCUGCUACCACAACAUUUUGAGAAACCUGCAGAGGUGCCACACUCAGAACAAAUACAAAGCAAUGAAAUUGGUUUUUAUCGUUGUCAUUGUGUUCUUCCUGUUCUGGACCCCCAUCAAUGUCGUGCUCUUUUUGGACUCUAUGAGGAGCUUGCAUAUCAUCGAUGACUGCCAGACUAGCCAAAGGCUUGACCUGGCCAUGGAGCUGGCCGAGACACUCUCCCUUGUGCACUGCUGCCUCAACCCCAUCAUCUACGCCUUUGUUGGGGAGAAGUUCAAGAAGUAUCUCUGUGAGGCUUUUGGCAAAUAUACCCAUUUUCUCUUGAUCUGCAAAGGACACAGUGCCUUCAACAGACGCAACACGGACAGACGCUCGUCUCUGUACACAGCAUCCUCACAGUCCUCUUUCGUCGGCAGCAUCCUGUAGAGCUGCAAGGCAGAAGCUCCAUACUUUAGACUUGAUUUGAAACCAAGAAAUUCUCCCAGUACUUCAAUAAAAACAGUCUUUCUGUUUCCUUGUAGGGGGAGGUUUCGGUGCAAUGGCCUGUUAUCAAAGUAAGACUAGGAAAUCACACAAUACCAGAGCAAGCUGUAGUGCACCUUGCUCUUUCAUGUGCUCUGACACCAUUCUGAACAGGGACACUAUUCUGUCCCGUGCUUAGCAAAUGUGAAUGAGAACUUCAAACACUGAAAAUCACCUUGCAAAAUUCAUCAGGUACCCCCUGCCCACCAGCUGAAUAGUUUAUCAAAGAAGAUUUUUGUCUCUAUCGCAGGGAAGUAUGGGGAUGCACUGUUCAGACAACUUUUUAGGACAGGAGGUACCUGAAAAGUAGAAUCAUUUGCUUAAGCCUGCUUGUAUUAUUUGGGAUUCUUAUUUUUUAGCAUCUUUUUUAUCAUCUUCCUCCCCUUCCAGUAGCUCCUUCUGCCCAACCGACUUUGUGGAAGUGAGGCUGAAAAAUUAUUAACAGACUUCACACCAAGAGGUAUGCCCUGUCCCUCCAGCACAGGACACACGGCCUCCAAUAUUCCUAAUGAAAUGAUGAAAACCUUGAAGGAUGGGAAUACGCAGCCUCUCUAUGCAGAUAGGGUGUCAAAGUCACACCUCAGUAUUCCUCACCUAGAUGUUGACAAAAUGCAUGUAUAAUAUUUAUUUUUUUUUAAUGCUUAUUUAAUUCCUCAUGCAUCCUGAGUGAGCUGCCACUCUGAGGGAGACAACUAAGUCUCCCCUAAGGAAAGGUCAGUGGUUUGCAUACUAAUACCAAAUGGAUGAUGGUUAUGGCACUGGGGCUGAAAGCCACCGCCUUCUGGUCUGCAUGAACAAAUGUCUAAUUUUGGAGAGUGGAUGAGAGCAGACACUGUUGUCUUAGGAAUGUUUCUUCUCUCUGCUCAGGCCUGGUGUCGGGAGGAACAGCUCUCAUUUCCAAGCCUGGGACAGCAGGCAGCUCUUUCACUUGUCUCAGCAGAGUGGAUUUAUCCUACAGGCAGUGACUGUGCUCAUCGCAGGGUUGAGAGCAUGCUUUGUGAAGGGAAACAGUCCCUCAGUUUAAGGAAUCACUCCAGGGCUUAGCUGCUACCUGAUAUCUAAGCAAAGUUUCCAGAUAGAGCUUAGUGAAUGAGUGAACUAGGCAAGCAGCAAAUAAAUUACUGUUAUAUGGUAAGAGUGAUGGGUAAAAUCUUCCUGGGGAUCUGCAGGAGGUAGCACAAAUAUUGACAGAUAAAUGCAA